CGCGGACCUGAGGUUGUACGAAUGCAAGGCGUUAGUUAAUGGUUGGAUACGCUUUGGUGAGGGGUUCUUUUCUCUUUUUCUUUCUGGGUUUGCUACCUACUGGUCUUGUUCACCUUUUCCUAUGUCGACCGAAUGAUUGUGGAUGUUAAGGGCGCUUUAUUCUUCUUCCUUUUUCCGUUUCUUUCGGGAUAUUGUAAAAUUGCUACGACCUUUUUCUUUUCUUUCGUCUUUUCUUUUCUGUUUUUUUACGAUAAUCUUGGUCUUGGUCUUUGUCUUUGUCUGCGCGUUGAUGACUAAUGAAUGUUUUCUUGUGGUUCGUUUUUUUUUCUUUCAUCUCUUGUUCUUCCUACCUACUUGAAGCUUAGUUCACUGUCUGUGGUUGGUCGGUGGACUGUGUAGUAAUUGAGAGGAUAACA